AUGUCUCUCCGCCUCGCUACCCUUAUUUCCCGGCGGGCCCUCGUGCGCCCCUUCGCCACCUCGUCGCGGCUGCGUACCGACCGCCCCCGCGACCCCUUCCCGCUCCCCUUCGACCCGGCGCUCGCCGAAGCCGCGGCGGCCGCCAACGCCCUCCGCGACCCAACCGACGUCGUUGAUGGGUGGGAGCUCCCGCCUCCCCUCGACCGGACGGGCGAGACGCCCGAGUCCCUCCGCGCCCGCCUUAUCUACCAGACCCGCAAACGUGGUAUCCUCGAGACGGACCUUCUUCUCAGCACGUUUGCCCGCGACUUCCUUCCCGCCAUGUCGGUUGAGGAGAUGCAGCAGUUCGACAAGCUCCUCGAUGAACCCGAUUGGGAUAUCUACUACUGGGCCAUUGAGAAGCGGCCGGCACCGGAGCGUUGGGCCAAGACCCCGCUGCUCGGAAAGCUGAGGAAGCAUGCACGGAACGAGGGACGGGUGGUGCGGCUCAUGCCCAACCUUGAAGACAUCGAGCGUAAGUAG